CUUGGAUACGCUGACUGACAUCGGCACCUCCCCUCAGUGCAACGUUUCCCUGAUGAGCGAUGCUCCUGUAGCACACUAACAGAGACUUGUCCAGUUUGUCAGCCACUUUCACUAGAGACAAUAAGUUGUGCGUUACCACUGUUUUCCCAGAGUUUGUGGGUCUGUGACUCCCGAGGCAUGCUUCACGGAUGGCCGACAGUGUUGUGGUCCCUUUGUGAGUCUCUCCACAGUGCUCUCCCCUGGCUGAGGUUCGCUGCAGCUGUGGCUUCUCAAUAGGGCUUAUUGUAGACGCGCGGAGUGUGAGCGAGCAGCGCAGUGAUUGAGCGGAACGGAGGGAAAGACGCCUGUAGUGCAGGGAUGCUCCUGAAUAUGUUUUCUUCACUCAUUCGGGAAGAGCGCGUCUAGAGAGGCUGCGACGUGACGGAAUCCUUCUGCGUAUUCACAAGAACAUUGGCAAUUUAAAACGCACGCGAAGGAUCAAGAGGAAAAGGUUUGAGAGGUUCAACUACAAUCAUCGUUCAUUCCUGUGGUCUCUCCCAUCAAUCACCGGUCAGACGUUCUAUCCGCUUGUCCGUGCCAGUGCUGAGGGUGGUGCACAGUUUCCCAGGAGCAACAUCUUAGCCUCAAGAUCUCUGGUGCCCGUUCAAUACGGAGGAGUGUACUUUUUUGUUUCCUUUUUUUACAUUCAUCCUUUCAUCCAAAUGAUGCAGAUAGGCUCUGCAAUGUGGGCUGGACUGACUUUAAUGACUAUACUGCUGUUGGCACAGUGGGAUAUGGGCUGCUGGGGGAUGACUCUGAACUCUGUCCCGCUCCGCUCGGCUUCUCUGAAGCCCAUCAGAGCUGGUCUGGGUGCAUCCCUUCAAAGACACAAGCGCAACUGGGUGUGGAACCAAUUCUUCGUCCUAGAGGAAUACACAGGAGAUGACCCUCUCUAUGUUGGCAAGCUUCAUUCUGAUGUGGACAAAGGUGAGGGCAAAGUGAAAUACGUGCUCACAGGUGAAGGUGCAACCUCCAUUUUCACCAUCGAUGAGAACACAGGCGACAUACAUGCCACGAAGCGUCUGGACCGGGAGGAACAGGCCUACUACACGCUGCGAGCUCAGGCCCGAGACCGCGCCACCAACCUGCCAGUCGAACCAGAGUCAGAGUUCGUUAUCAAAGUGCAGGAUAUUAAUGACAAUGAGCCCAAGUUCCUGGAUGGCCCUUACAAUGCUCAAGUACCCGAAAUGUCUCCUGUUGGCACAUCUGUGGUUGAGGUUAAGGCAACUGACGCAGAUGAUCCCACAUAUGGAAACAGUGCCAGAGUUGUGUACAGCAUUCUUGAGGGACAACCCUAUUUUUCAGUGGAACCAAAGACAGGCAUUGUGAGGACGGCUCUGCCCAACAUGGAUCGAGAAGCACGGGACCAGUAUCUUCUGGUAAUCCAAGCCAAAGACAUGGUUGGCCAAAUGGGAGGACUAUCAGGCACCACAUCGGUGACGGUCAUGUUGACGGACGUUAAUGACAACCCGCCCCGCUUUUCACGGAAAUCCUAUCAGUUUGCUGUGCCUGAAUCCCUGCCUGUGGCGUCAGUGGUGGCCAAGAUAAAAGCCUUGGAUUCUGACAUCGGACCAAACGCUGAGAUGGACUACAGAAUUAUAGAGGGCGACGGCCUUGGGGUGUUCAGGGUCGCACCAGACAAAGAUACCCAAGAAGGAGUCAUAACUCUGCAGAAGAAUCUUGACUUUGAAACAAAGUCAAGCUACACUCUGAAAAUUGAGGCAUCCAACAGGAACAUAGACCCACGGUUCUUGUCUCAAGGACCGUUCAGUGAUACGGCGAUGGUUAGACUGACUGUGGAGAAUGUAGAUGAGCCUCCUAUCUUCUCCUCGCCUCUCAGUAAUAUGGUUGUCUCUGAAGCUGCUAAAGUGGGAACCAUUAUAGGGACCGUCUCUGCUCUGGACCCGGACUCCACCAAUAGUCCCAUCAGAUAUUCAAUAGACAGAAACACAGACUUGGAGCGAUUUUUCAACAUUGAGGCAACAACAGGAGUCAUCAGCACAGCUAAGCCAUUAGACAGAGAAGCCAAUGCUGUACACAACAUCACCAUCCUGGCUACUGAAAGCUUGGAUCCGUCGCAGGUGGGGAAAGGAGUGGCUCUGAUCUCAGUGAUGGACAUUAAUGACAAUGCACCAGUCUUUGCCAUUGAGUAUGAGACCUUCCUGUGUGAAAACGUUGGGCCAGGACAGGUCAUUGAAACCGUAAGUGCAGUGGAUAAAGAUGAACCACCCAGCGGGCAUCGCUUCUUCUUCUCCCUCACUGCAGAGACAGCUGGGAACAUGAACUUCACCCUCCGAGACAAUAAAGACAAUACCGCUUCUGUUCUAACUAAGCGGAGUGGUUUUCAGAGGAGGGAACAGGCUAUGUAUCGACUGCCAGUGUUGAUAGUGGACAGCGGGUCCCCUGCCCUCAGCAGCACCAACACGCUGUCUAUUAGAGUGUGUGACUGUGACCCUAAUGGGACGCCCCAGUCAUGUGGCACAGAGGCCUUUAUGCUGUCAGCUGGACUCAGCACCGGAGCUCUCAUCGCCAUCCUGGCCUGCAUCAUCACCCUGCUUGUGCUGGUGCUGCUGAUAGUGACAAUGAGGAGGAGGAAGAAGGAACCUCUGAUCCUGGACGAAGACCGGGAUGUGAGGGAGAACAUUGUGCGCUACGACGAUGAAGGCGGCGGUGAGGAAGACACAGAGGCCUUUGACAUGGUGGCAUUGCGAAACCUCAACAUAGUGAGGGACAGCAAAUCCCGCCGAGACGUCACCCCGGAGGUGCCCACCCUUUACUGCUCCCGCCCUCCCCCUUACAAAAUCACUCCCGACAACGGGAUCUUCCGGGAAUUUAUAUGGGACCGCCUGAAGGACGCCGACGUCGAUCCUUCAGCGCCUCCCUACGACUCCCUGCAGACGUAUGCUUUCGAGGGCAGCGGCUCCGUGGCUGAGUCCCUCAGCUCCCUGGACUCCCUGAGCACAGACUCGGAGCAGAACUAUGACUAUCUGAGCGACUGGGGACCUCGCUUCAGGAAGCUAGCCGACCUGUACGGUCACGGCGACAGCAGCAAUAUAUUCUCCUCCUAGCCGGGAUUAAAAUUACUGCCAAGGUCUGCUCAAUCAAGGGCAUAAUGGAAAUGAACAAUGAUCAAGAGUAUACCACUGACUCAUUGAUGCUUGACAGAAGAGGAGAGCAAAAUAAGGGAACAUUGAAUGCGCAGGGGGGAGAUAUAUCUGCAGAGAGCAGCGGUUUUGAUAACGAAUAGACUGUGGAGAUUCGAGUCGGAAGCACUUCUAUUUAAAUUGCAGUUAGAUGCCAAGUCUGGACUUGGGGUGUGGUUGUAAGCGCCCAAAGAGCGAUCUUCAGGCCCAAGAGAAUAAUGGACAGUGGACCGCUGCGCCAUGCGAGCUGGUCCAGGAAUACCAAUUGUUUCUAAGUGACAUUUGAAGUGCUCUCCCCAUGGUUAUAAAUGAGAACAGAGCCAUCCAGCUAGCCAUACAGCAGUGAUGCUCGAAAGAUCAAUGUUUCUGUUCUAUCAGAUGUUUCUAUGACUCAAAAAAAAAAAAAAAAAUCAAUACAAAUUCAGCAACCGAGAACAGCGAUAUCUUUUCCGAACGCAUUGCCUAGUGAGGAUCUGCAGCUGUUGCUUUGUAAAAUAUCCGUUAUGCAUAGCUUCACUUCUGUUUUCAGGCCUUAGUUCCACAAGAAAAAUUUGGGCCGAGGCACAUUGCUAUCACAACUUCUGAAGUAUCCUGCAGUUACGCCGACCAAAAUACAAGUCAAACUCGUAGUGAAUAGACUUUGAUGUAUCGAGCAGGACAGGCCGGAGUGGAUUUAAUCAUUGAAAAUGUAUAGUACUUGCCUUUCAGUUGAUGCUGUCAACCUGAGUUAUUUUGAGAUGUUAUUUUGUAAGUUUGUAGAGAGAACCCUUAUGACAGCGAGCGUUUGAAGGGGAGUCUUUUGUAUUAAGCCUAUUCCUUUCUCGAAAACCUCAGUCUCAGCGGAGAAACUUAAAGCGGCAAAAUGUUUUUGUAGUGCUCUAUGCUGUCACGUGUACAGUUUUUUUUCUUUUUUCUUUAUGCAGUGCUGAAUAUCUUGUGAGAGCUGUUUGUUUUAAAGCAGGCCUGUUGUUUAUAUGAGUCUGAGUGGCAAAGUGUAAGGGAAAAAAGAAUGUAAAGACAUUAUCCUAAAUAAUAUCUGGCGACGUGUGAAACGGUGUAUAACAUACGGACAACACAGACCUUACUACUACAGUAUAUUCAAUGUUUAGCUGUUGUCCGACAGGUUAUUAUCAUGAUUUUGAAUUGUAAUGAUAUGAAACGACAGUAACACAUUCUAAAUCUGGGAGGACAUUUUGUACAGACUUUUGUAAUAAAGCACACAAAUUGCAGCACAAA